UUGAUCUAUGUACCUAGGCAGGUACGUACCUACUUACUCGGUAGCGCCUUCCCUCUCCGACUAUCAACAAGUUGCCUACUUGGGCAGCCACAACCCACUCCACAACGUCCAAGUGCUUGCUCUUUCUUUUCCUCUCCACCACUUCCCCUGCCUGCUACUCCUCUCAACAGAAACACAUCUGACUCUCCAAUCUCACAGAAAAAGAACACACGACUAUACACUGCGCAAACGCACAUUGCGAGGAAAAAGAAGAAGACGGGAAAAAAAAAUUGCGAGACCCAAAAAAACAUCCCGAAAUAUCAAUGGCAGACCCACGACAACAAACAACAAUGGAUGCUGAAGAAAAAGCCCGCCACGAAGGCUUCAUGCGCGAGGCCAUCAACAUGGCCGAGCUCGCCCUCAACAGUGACGAAACCCCCGUGGGCUGCGUCUUCGUCAAGGACGGCAAAAUCAUCGGGCGCGGCAUGAACGAGACCAACCGCACUCUCAACGGCACCCGCCACGCCGAGUUUGUCGCCAUCGCCGGCAUCCUCUCCGAGCACCCCGUCAGCACCCUCGCCCAGACUGACCUGUACGUUACCGUCGAGCCAUGCGUCAUGUGCGCUUCCAUGCUGCGCCAGUACGGUAUCCGCGCCGUCUACUUCGGCUGUUGGAACGAGCGUUUCGGCGGCACGGGUGGUGUCUUGAAUAUCCAUUCCGACCCGAGCGUCGACAAACCUUAUCCUGUCUACGGUGGCAUCUUCAGGGAGGAAGCCAUCAUGCUGCUGCGCAAGUUCUACGUGCAGGAGAACGAGAAGGCGCCCGAGCCCAAGCAGAAGAAGACGCGCGAGCUCAAGACGGAGAUCCUCCCCAUGGACAUUCACGCGCCCAAAUCAAAGUCCAAGGCUAAACACCAGCCUGCGUCGUCGUCCCAGAUCGCUUCCCGCUGACUUGAGUCAUCGUCUUCUCUUACCUUCUUUGUUCCUCGUUACCCCUAGCAUA